CAAGAACAUUCAAAUUGUCUGGACAGAACUAUCAUCAAAUUGGAAGCUUAUUGCCACCUGAGGGAACCAUCCCAAAGUUUGCGCAAUUAUAUAUCUAUGAUACAGAAAAUGAAGUGCAAAAUAGAAUGCAUACUAUGAGUCAUGGUCAAAAUGGAAACAAACUUCAUGCUGAGAUUGUUGAUGAUCUAAGAAAAUGCUUGAUGACCACAAUGUUUUGGCCAAGACAUUUAGAAUGGUGCGAGACAGAUUUCAAGAAGAUAGACGCUCCAGUGUUAGACUUAGAUUAAUUGGAAAAAGGAGCACCGAUGGAAGAAGAUACAACUUACCGACGGUUUCAGAGGUAGCUGCCUUAGUGGUGGGAGAUUUUGAACUAUCUAGAUGUGAUAGAGAUAUCAUCAUUGAAACCCAAUCUGGACAGCUACAAAGGAUUAAUGAACUGAAUGCUGCCUAUUUAAGCCUUCAAUAUCCUUUACUUUUUCCAUAUGGUGAAGACGGCUAUAGAAAGGACAUUCCUUUAGGUACAUCUGGAGGGAGGCAACGUGUAAGCAUACGAGAAUAUUUUGCUUACAAAAUUCAAGAAAGGAGGGAUGAAGAACCAACGAUUGUGUCUUCGAGAAGAUUAUUUCAACAAUUCUUGGUCGAUGCAUAUACAAUGAUGGAAUCUUCUCGAUUGAGGUAUAUUAGGAUUAAUCAAAAGCUGUUGAGAUCUCAUAUGUAUAAAGGGUUAGCAGAUGCACUUCUGCGUGGAGAAAUUAAUCCAUCUUCUCAAGGAAAAAGGGUCAUUUUACCAUCCACCUUCACAGGGGGUGCACGGUACAUGCUUCAAAAUUAUCAAGAUGCUAUGGCGAUAUGCAAAUGGGCAGGCUACCCUGAUCUUUUCAUCACGUUUACUUGCAAUCCAAAGUGGCCAGAGAUUCGUAGGUUUGUGGAGAGUAGGGGUUUAAAUCCCGAGGAUCGUCCAAACAUUUUAUCUAGAGUUUUCAAAAUCAAAUUGGACCAAUUAAUAAAGGAUUUGCAAAAGAACCAGAUUUUUGGAAGAGUAAAAGCAGUGAUUUAUACAAUUGAAUUCCAAAAACAAGGCCUACCUCAUGCUCACAUCUUGCUUUUUCUUCAUGAGCAUAAUAAAUAUCCAACUGCUACUGAUAUUGAUAGAAUUAUUUCGGCGAAAGUACCAGAUGAAUUGGUUGAUCCUCACUAUUACAAGGCUGUGAAAUUAUUCAUGAUGCAUGGGCCAUGUGGUUCUGCUACAAAAUCAUCUCCUUGCAUGCAGAAUGGUAGAUGCACAAAGCACUUUCCAAAAAAGUUUGUUGUGUCGACCAUAAUCGAUGAAGAUGGUUAUCCUGUUUACAGAAGAAGGGACACUGGUAGAACUAUAAAGAAGGAUGGUAUUGACUUGGAUAACAGGUGUGUGGUGCCGCAUAAUCGCUUCUUAUUAUUGAAGUAUGGUGCUCAUAUAAAUGUGGAAUGGUGCAACCAGUCAAGAUCCAUUAAGUACUUAUUUAAGUACGUUAAUAAAGGAAAUGAUCGCGUCACGGCUGCUUUUUCUCAAAGUAUGCAUGAUGAAGAUUCAUCAAAUGUUGAUGAAAUCAAUAUGUACUAUGAUUGUCGAUACAUAUCAUCAUGUGAAGCAGCUUGGAGAAUAUUCAAAUAUCCAAUUCACCAUAGGGAACCUCCUGUGGAAAGGCGGGCAUUUCAUCUUGAAGAUGAGCAGAAUGUCAUAUUUGCUGAUGAUGAUCCAAUUGAUGUUGUUGCCAAUAGACCAAGUGUAAAGGAAUCAAUGUUUUUAAGUUGGUUUAAGGCAAAUGAAGUAUUUGCUGAAGCAAGAGAAUUAACAUAUGCAGAAUUUCCUCUUAAGUUUGUGUGGGAUAGAAAAACGAAAAAAUGGGAAAAAAGAAAAACUUCUGCAUUUUCCAUAGGAAGGAUUUUAUUUGUUCCUCCUGGAAGUGGCGAGUUAUAUUAUCUUAGAUUACUGUUGAAUGUCAUUAGAGGUCCAACAUGCUAUGGGGAUCUUAAAAGAAUCAACAAUCGUGAUCACACCACUUUUAGAGAUGCGUGUUAUGCACUUGGCUUAUUAGAUGAUGACAGAGAGUAUGUUGAUGCCAUAAAGGAAGCAAGUGACUGGGGAAUGCCAUCGUAUCUAAGACAAUUAUUUGCUAUGCUGUUAUUAUCCAAUUCGAUGUCACGGCCAGAGUAUGUUUGGCAAUCAACAUGGCAAUUAUUAUCAGAGGAUAUCCUCCACGAAGAAAGAGUAUUAUUAUCUAAUCCGGAGGCAGAGGUAUCAGAUGAUGAACUGAAAAAUCGUUGUUUACAAAAGUUAGAAAAAAUUUUGAAAGGUUGCGGAAGAAGUUUUCAAGAUUUUUUAACAAUGCCAAAACCUGUUUACAGUGAGGAAGAAGUGGACAGUUCCAAUAGAUUAAUCAAUGAUGAAUUGCGUUAUGACAGGCGCUCUUUGAUGGCGGAACACCAGCAAUUGUUAAUGAAUUUGACAGUUGAGCAAAAGACAGUUUAUGAUAAAAUAAUGACAACAGUGAGUGAAGCCAAAGGUGGAUUGUUCUUUUUAUAUGGUCAUGGAGGAACAGGCAAGACUUUUAUCUGGAGGACUCUAUCUUCUGGAAUACAAUCUAGAGGAGAUAUUGUGUUAACUGUCGCAUCAAGUGGCAUUGCAUCGCUUUUUUUACCAGGAGGUCGGACAGCUCAUUCGAGAUUUGCAAUUCCUCUCAAUCCAACUGAAGAUGCAACAUGCAAUAUAAAGCAAGGUAGUCCUCUAGCAAAUCUGAUUGUCAAGACAAAGUUAAUUAUUUGGGAUGAGGCACCAAUGAUGCAUAGGUACUGUUUUGAAGCUCUUGAUCAAACUAUUAGAGAUAUUCUUAGAUUUAGAGACAGAUCCAGUUUAGAUAAACCUUUUGGAGGGAAAACAGUUGUUCUUGGUGGUGACUUCAGGCAAAUUUUGCCGGUCAUUACGAAAGGAAGUAGGCAAGAUAUUGUUAAUGCUACUUUAAAUUCUUCAGAUUUAUGGAGGCAUUGUGAAGUCUUAAAGCUAACAAGGAAUAUGAGAUUGCAAGGAAAUCAGUUAGGCGAGCAUUUGGAAGAGUUAAGAAACUUUUCUGAUUGGAUUUUGGCAAUCGGUGAUGGAAAUAUUGGAAGCUCCGUUGAUGGGAUUGAAACAGUUCAAAUCCCCGAAGAUCUUCUCAUAAAUGAUUGUGAUGAUCCAAUAUCGGCAAUUGUAGAGAGUACAUAUCCUGAUUUCUUUAGUCAUUCCAGUGACAUAGAUUACCUCCAGCAAAGAGCAAUUCUUGCUCCGACUCUUAACAUGGUGGAGUUGAUUAAUGAAUAUAUGGUUUCACUUAAUCAUAAUCCUGAGAAGAGAUAUCUGAGUUCUGAUUCUGUUUCUAUGUCGGAUCAUUCUUUUACAGCGUUGGAGCACGUACAUACACCGGAAUUCCUGAACAGCAUUAAAUGUUCUGGAAUUCCAAAUCACUCAAUUACAUUGAAGGUGGGUGUACCAGUGAUGUUGUUGAGAAAUAUAGACCAAUCAUCGGGGUUGUGUAAUGGCACAAGGCUGAUCAUCACAAGACUUGGAAAUCAGGUUAUUGAAGCCAAGGUUUUAUCAGGGAAAAUGGCCGGAGAAAAAGUGUUUAUCCCAAGAAUGACGUUGACUCCAUCUGAUGCGAGAAUACCUUUUAAGUUCCAGCGAAGACAAUUUCCUAUCGUUGUGUCUUUUGCCAUGACCAUUAAUAAAAGUCAAGGCCAGUCGCUAUCUCAUGUGGGGUUAUUUUUUAAGAAACCAGUGUUUACACAUGGACAACUGUAUGUUGCUCUUUCACGGGUGACAAAUAGGGAAGGGUUAAAGAUUUUGGUUUACGACGAUGAUGGGAAAAUAACAAAUGAAGCCAAAAAUGUAGUGUACAAAGAGGUUUUUCAUAAUUUGAUUUGAGAGGUUGUUAAAUAAACUUUUCGCUUAAUUGUUAUCUUUUACUGUUGUCUUUUGAUCUUUUGGUCUUACCAUGCCAGACAAAUUGCUAAAUGAAUUGAUCAUGUGAAUUGCUUCUUCUUAAUCAAAAUGAGGAUUUUAUCCCAAUACAUUUUGUUCUCAAUCUUAUUCACAAAGCAUAUAAAUUUCGUGGCUGAAUACCAAUCAAUGGUUCGCUGAAGGCAGAUAUAUUAUGAGCAGCAUGGUAGUGAUGCUCUAAUUUGUAGUGACAGUGAGGAGGAUAUUGUUGAACCAGAGGAAGAGUCUUUAAGCUUCCAACAGUUACAUUUUACUAAGUUUAAGUUACUUCUUAUCACUGUAUAUUGAGCUGCUGUCAACUUGAAUCUCUUCAAAAUCCUUCUCUUCAUAUAUGCUCUCUUUUUAGUUUUUAGCUACAAGAGCUUUUUACCUACUGAGAUAUUGUGACACUCAAGUAUGCUUCGUGAGAAAGACCUUCUGUUUGAAAUAAAAAGCAUACUUUUCUUACUCUGGAAUUAGUAAUAUUUUUCAAGCUACCUUCGUUUUCAGAACAAAUAGAAGUAAAGUCUCGGAAAGCUUCAUCACCACUGCA